ACUUUGUGUGCUUCCUGUUUCAAAGUCCAGCUGAGGGAACGGAUUACGAGUAAAAACAGCAAAUCAAACUGGAGAUGGUGUUGGUCAAAUAGACUUUGUUAUAAAUCUAGAAGCGCUUCGACAGAGCGGAGCAGACAUGCAGCGGUCUCUGGAGUCUCUGGUGCAGCUGUUGGAGUCCUACAGAGGCAGAGAUAAAGUCAUCAGGACAGUGUGUUAUGGAUCCCAGCUGGUUGGAGGAGUUCUUUCCCGGGGAGCAGAGGUAGACGUCCGGUCCCAGCGGCUUGGGAAAAGCCUGCUGCUGUUUUCUGCUCAGCUCAGUCACUGCAGGACGGUGCUCAGGUUGUUCGAUGACCUCUCCAUGCUGGCCUACUCCCACAGCUACGGGCUUGGAAAUGGGGAGGAGGACGCGGCCGUGCGCUGGAUAUCCGUGCUGAACAACGUGGCGGACCAGCUGUACUACCCCUGUGAACACAUCGCCUGGGCCGCCGACGCCGACCUCAUCAGAGUGAAGUCCGAUAAGUGGUGGCUGUUCAGCACAGUGCUGUGGGGAACCUCCCUGCUGCUGGGAAUCCUCAGAUCGCUCCGAGUUCUUCUGCUGCUGAGGAAGAAGCUGAAGAAGAGGCACGAAGGCAGAAACAGUCGCUCUCAGCUCCGCCGGCAGAUGCGAGGGGAGCUGCUGUCCAUCCUCAGCAGCAUGGCUGACCUCAGUAACGCCAUUCACUGGAUGCCGCCCGGCUUCCUGUGGGCAGGACAUUUCCCUAACUGGCUGGUGGGGCUGAUGGGCACCACGUCCUCUCUGAUUGGUUUGAUCCAGAUGAAUGCCAGUAGCGGUGAUCAGUCAGACACUACACAGUCUUCUUCACCAGAGUGAGGAAGAGACGGCGACACUAAAUGACUGACGGAUGUAUGGAUAAUAGUGGAAAAUGAUUAGACUCCAGUCAGACUGUCUGUGGAGAUUAACUGCAGUCCUGUAGCUUGUAGCAACAAGCACAUAAAUUAAAUUGUGGCCUAUUACUGCUUUAAAAGCAAAAAAAAAAGUCACUGCACUUGUGCUUAAUUAGGAGUAAUUAAAGAUCUCUUGAUGAAUUUGCCAACCAGUAUUCAAUUUAGUAGCUUUUGAUUUACACUUGGACAUUUUAGUCAUGAGAAUUAUCAUUAAGCUCUACUGUUCAUUUCACUACACUAAACAUGUUCAGCAGUAAAUUCAAGCCCUAACAAAGCCCUAAGGUCAACAAGGGGGAACUUCUGCUGUAAAACUUUUUUCUUUGUCUUUUGUUUUUAAUGAUUUUGUCUAAAGAAUCAUCAAAAGAGAAGAAAGGUCAGGCAGGUCACAGUUUGAUUCUUGAGGAAACACCAGUGGUAACAUAGCCUUAAAGUUCCUGUUUAAUGGUCAGCUUCACUCUGGAAUACGUCCACCCAGCUUCUUAACUGCUUAUCCAGCUCAGUUUCACCAGGAGGCUGGAGCCUCUCCCAGUCUGCACUCUGGAAAGGGAUUGUAAAUGAUUGCCUUUAAGACACACUCCACGCACUUGGCUUUAAAUAUAUCAUAGAAUCAUACAAACUGUGAAUAUAGUAUUGUGUGUUAUGAAUGUGGUGACUGAGCUGUUUCAACUUCAGUCGCGCAUUCAGACAUUUUUAAAAUCAGGUUUUUUCCAACGCGUUACGUCCUCGAGUUCACACUGUAUCAACCAGGUUGGUUAAUGAGUUUCCCAGGCAUUGAAGAGCUGUCACAGAACUGGAGAAAUAUCUCAGUUUCAUUAAAAAAAACAAAAAAAACAAAAAAACCAUUACCACUCAAAGUCCAAAUGUUUGAAUGUGGUUUUGUCAGCUAACGAUGAUGUUUGUAUGACUGGUGAAAUGAAACAGAAUGUGUCUGAAAUGUGUGCUAAUUUAAAUGUAAUAUAAUUUUAUAUCAUGGGAACAAAAUGAUCUGUUUUUCAAGAAAUAAAAUAAAAUGUUAAAUUUUU